ACCCUCAAAAAAAUUAGAGGGAAAAAGAAAAGAGAGAGUCUCUCUCUCUCGAUCGAGCUUUGAGCUCACUCAGCAAUGGCGAGGGUUAAGCAGAAAGUUCAGCCAUCCAAGAGACGCCUCGAUUUAGACGGCGCUGAUGCAGUUCCCACAACCGCUCAGCUGAACACCGCAGCGUCGAAUCCUCGCUCGGCGAAAUCGAGACCAGCUCCUAGGUCUAAAGGAGGACCGAGGGCUGGAGAGAAGAGGAAGUUUAGGUACAGGCCGGGGACGGUGGCGCUUCGAGAGAUUCGGAAGUUGCAGAAGUCUGUGGAUUUGCUCAUACCGUCCGCCCCCUUCAUCAGACUAGUGAGAGAGGAGACGGCGUUUGCCUCUUCGACAGUUAAUCGGUGGACUGCCGAGGCUUUAGUGGCCAUUCAAGAGGCAGCUGAAAUGUUUUUGGUCAACCUGUUUGAAGAUGGGUACAUGUGUGCAUUGCACGCAAAACGUGUUACACUUAUGCGAAAGGACAUACAGUUAGCAAGGCGAAUUGGUGGGUCUCGACAUUUGUGAUGAGCCAAAAGAAGACAUUCCUGAAUAUCAGAUUGCUGUGUCAUAGCGGCCGCCUUUUACAACUAACUGAUUUAGUGCAUACCAUCUAUUUUACCCUUUUGUCAUUCCUCUUGUCUUGGUGUACUUGGGAUGAUUGAAAAGCACAAUUCCUAACAACCAGAUAGCUUGCUAGUCUUGUGUAUGUGUGCCUGAAAGGAUGUAUUUAUUUGUGUUUUAAGCACAUCAUGAGAUACCGAGACGCUAAUUCCUUCAUUUAUGAAAAAUGUGGACACUUUGUCGUCAAGAGGUGCAAGAUUCUUCA